AUAUAUAUAUUGAUUUAAUCAUUUACACACAUCAUGAUAUUAUGCAUAAUAUAUAUAUUACGAAAUAUUUGUUAUAUUUUGAUUAAAAUUGUUAAUUAUGUUAAUUAUCUUUCAAUUAUUCAUAAUAAUUAUUAUGAAUAAUAUAUAAAAUUACGUUUUAUAUCUUUAUUUUAUAAAAUAUUUUAAUAAUUUUAUAUUUUUAUAUCAUAAAAUAUAUUAUAAAAUUAAUUUCUCAAAAAGAUUAAAAUUUCAUUUGUACUUUUUUCUUUCAAAGUUUUAUAUUUUAUUUAUUUCUGCAAAAAACUUAUUAUCUAAAAAUUUUUUUUAUUGUAAAAAAUAAAUAUUUUUUAUCUUUUUUUUUUAAUGAUCAAAUAACUUUAAAAUAAGAAUUUAAAUAUUCCCGCUCCCUUUGUCUUCCCUAGGGAAACACUCGGCCCUAUCUAGUAAUUUUCCCUAUUUUUUGCAAUAAUAUUACAAAAUAUACUCACAAAAAUUUUUAUAAUCAUUUCUAGAUAUAUCUUCGUCAUUUUAUUUAUUUUUAUAAAACAUAUUUUAAAAGUUUGAUUUUAAAUAAAAUAUCAAUCAUUCGAUUUGCAAUUGAUUGAUUUUUGCAUGUAGAAUGUAGUGAUGUAGAAUGGCGCCAUCUCGUUGACAAGUAUUUAGUUGCAUCCGUGCAUGGUCCGUGGCAGUAGGCGGUACUGUGUUUUGUCGGGUGGUUAGGUUUCUUGCCGUUUGUACGUGCAUUUAAAUUUUAUAAAAGUUAAAAACAAAAAUGCGAUGGAGACGACUUGUAUUGUGCAUCAAUACGCAUCUCGGCGCAUCUAUUUGAAAACUAGCACGGUUUGAAAUUGAAAAAAUCGCGCGCGCAUUUUAGGUUAAAUCGUCUUACGAACAAUCGGGUGCAUAACAAUGCGUUGCGUGAGAAAUUCAUACGGUGAAAGUCUCUCGCACAUCGUGCAAUUGGAAUUCCGACGAAGUGUACGUUGUCGUGGAUUAGUCGCCGCUUUCUGACCAUCUUCCUCCAAACUGUGUGCAUCUUGUCGUGUGCGUUUAUUCACAGUGCAACAACAAAAAGAGAAAAAAGGGAGAGGGAAAAAGAGAGAGAGAGAAAGAGAGAGAUAGAAAUAUAGAAAGAGACAAAGAGAAAGAAAAAUGCCGAGGCUACUCAAGUGGCGAUGAUUCCGCUCAAAUUUCGCCGCCGUCUAAUUUCAUAUAGGAUUUCCCCGUAUUGCACAUGCACCGAGUGACUGUAAACAGAUUUGUGUUGCGACGAACAUGCGCGCUGAUGGAAUGGAAACGUAACUGCUUUCGACAGUUUUCUUCCAUCGAAAGGAUAUUAGAAUAACUGAACAUGGCAGAUGAUGAGGGUACAGAAUGGUUGCAGGAACUGCUGCACGAUGUUCAACUUUCACAAUUUUUCACUAGGAUACGGGAUGAUUUACAAAUCACUCGAUUACAUCAUUUUGAUUAUGUACAACCAGAAGACCUUGAAAAGAUAGGUUUAGGAAAACCAGGAAUUAGAAGAUUAUUAGAAGCAGUUAAGAAAAAGAGAACCACGCAAUGGAAGAAAAACUUGAUAACCAAGAUCAAGCCUGGAAGUAGUACGAAAAGCAAUAAGAAAUCUUCACAACCAGUUGAAAGUUCCUCGGUGCUAACCUGUCUCAUUCAAGACAAAGAUGUAACAUUAUCCGAUCAAUUGGGUGAUGGUAGUUUUGGUAUAGUGAGACGUGGAGAAUGGACUUCUCCUUCUGGUAGAAAAUUACCAGUUGCUGUGAAAGUUUUGAAAGCAGAUUCUCAACCAAGUGUUAUAGAGAACUUUGUAUCUGAAGUUCAAGUAAUGCAUACAUUGGAUCAUCAAAAUCUCAUUAGAUUAUAUGGUGUAGUAUUAUCACAACCAAUGAUGAUGGUGACAGAACUUGCUUCUCUUGGAGCUCUGUUAGAUUAUUUGCGAAAACAGUGUGGUCAAAUUUCAGUAUUAACAUUGUGCGAUUAUGCUUUGCAAGUAGCCACUGGUAUGGCCUAUUUGGAAGCAAAGCGUUUCCUACAUCGUGAUCUAGCUUGUAGAAACGUUCUUCUGAGUUCAAUAGACAAAGUGAAAAUCGGUGAUUUUGGCCUAAUGCGGGCACUACCCCAACAGGAAGAUUGUUACGUGAUGUCAGAACACAAAAAGGUGCCAUUUCCUUGGUGUGCUCCGGAAUCUUUGAAAAGACGAAAAUUCACUCAUGCAUCCGAUGUGUGGAUGUUUGGUGUUACGUUAUGGGAAAUGCUUACGUUCGGGGAGGAGCCAUGGGUCGGUUUAAAAGGAUCAGAGAUUCUUCGAAAAAUUGACAAAGAAGGUGAAAGAUUACACGAGCCAGAAGCAACACCACCAGAGAUGUAUCAACUAAUGUUACGUUGUUGGGCUUGCGAUCCUUCAGAAAGACCAACUUUCGCUUCUCUACGAAUAUCCCUCACGUCGAUGGUCCCAACUGUAAUGAAAGCGAUCAGUUCUUUCGCAGUAUCUGAUCCAGGUAAAAUGACCAUAAAACAAGGUGAUCAAAUAAUUAUUUUAGAUGGUCAACCAGAGAAUUAUUGGUGGAAAGGUCAAAACCAACGAACCUUUCAAAUCGGACUUUUCCCUCGCUGUUAUGUCGAUCCUAUGAGACGUAAACAGCCAGAAGACAUUAGUAAACCGUUGGAGAAUUCUUUUAUUCAUACCGGGCAUGGUGCACCUUUUGGAAAAAGUUGGGGCAGCCCUACUUUCAUAGACGAUGUUUAUCUUCGAAAUCCCAUGGAACCACCUGAUAUCGUUGGGGUCACUGUACCUCCAGAUAAUAUUUUAAAGGAUAAAUAUUGCGGUACGCCACGAUCACGGAAGCAAUUCAAUUACACGAAAUUUCAAAAUGACAUCGGUGCUAGUCCUGUAAAAACGACAAAUGCCUCUCUUCCGAGCGGCAACCAAGAAGGCAGUUUAAUUGACCUGUCACCAGAAGAAAUUGUGAAUACAAACGAAGUACAAUCGGAUACUGCCUGUCGACGAGUGGUUAAUAUUCUCGACGAACCUAUCGAUGACAUAGAGCAACAGUCCCAGACAAAUUGGCAGGACGAAGAUCCUCGAACUUACGCUAAUUUCCCUGGGAACAUCGAUCCAGCAUACUCAGACCCGUUCGACACAUCUUCAGUAUUCUUGAAACUACCGCAUUCGAGAUAUUACAGUCAUGUUCCGUCAGAUGUGAGCAGUCGAUAUUUCAAGACACAAAAUUACGGGAAUGUACAAAACCAAGAUGCUGGUAGUAGCCAGAACAGUACAAAUUAUUUCACUUCAGAAUCCGGAUCAGACGUGAAUCAUUAUUCUAUAAACUUGAGCAAAGAGAAUAGAAACGAUAGUAUUAAUCUGAACGUGAAUGUGGACACAGAGGAAAGUAAUACGUACAGUCAAAACCACUACAGUGAGAUUGAUAAACCUAGUCCACCUAUAGCUAAUUGGCCGGAGGAUCUGCACAAUGACACACAGACGUACGUAAAUGUCUCUAGUCGAAAUUUGCAAACUUCUGACGCACCUCCUCCCCCACCUGUCGCCCCCAAUGAGAGUCCACCGAAGCCAAAAUCGAAUCACGAUUUGGCCCAAAGUCUGAGCGAGCUAACUAUAAACUCUCAAAAUAUCUCGCCUAAAAAAUUAGAUCCUGCUUUCCUAGCCGAGCUGGAAAAGCAUUUGGGCGAGAAAGAAGCGAGUAAAAACAUGAUUGCGAGUCAACAAAAUCCGGAUUCCGACUCCUACUCGUCCAUCAACAAACUACAAGAUAAUACGAUCCCGGCAUUAAAACCUCCGCCUCAAACCAUCAAACGCAAAUCUCCUCAGUUGGAUUACAGAAGCAGCAAUCUGCCCAGUAAAGUUCAAAACUCCUGGCCGUCCAAGAGUACAAAUAUUCAACAACCUGCUCGCACUGAACGUGUCUUAGAAACGACCACCGAACAGAUGGUAGGUCAAAUCUGGCAGCAAACUCAGGCAUCGCAACACGGUACGCAAACGAACUUGAAUCUUUUACAAAUCGCACCUAGUAACGUGUUCAAACAGAACUUGAAUCAUGCACAGAACUCGCUGUCGAUUUCCAACCAGACUAUGAACGCCCAAAACCUUUCCUUGCCUACUGCUAGUGUUCAUGGAAUAACACAGAUUCAAAACGAUCUUCAGCAAACAUACUCCAGUAACAUCGCCUCAAAACCUCCUAACGUGAUGUUCUCGGAACAAGUGUACGCGGAAUUGAAGCAAACGGUACCUAACCUCGAUCAAUUGUCUCAAAACGAGUUCAACACGUUGUACAACAAGACAGUGCAGCAAAACAUUCUAAGGAAUUAUUACGCGGCCGGCACCUCGGCUAACUCUGAUUCGGCCAGCAAUCUAAGUCAUAGCCACUUUUUGGACGGGACUGCGGCCAAUCUUCAGAUUCGAUCCGGUCAACAGGCGAGAAACAUAUCGAGCCAGGGCCAUCCCUGCGAUUUUAGUCCUCAUCUAAAGCAGCCACCAAUGUACAAUCCUCCUCCUCCUCCAACUACAUGGAGCCCUAUGAAAUCGGUUUCGAACGAGUUAGGACAGGGCCAAGCUGCGAUGAAGUCCAAUUUAGCCAGCAAUCUGGUGAACAAUCCCAAUUUGCUGCAAAUCACGCACACAAAUCCGCCUCAAGAGGGCGCCAUGACGCUGCAACAAUCCUCGACGAGAGGUCUGCCUCCUCAGAUGACCGAGACGGUUGUUAAUACUCAAUUAGCCCCCUCCACAUCUGCGUAUCCCUCUGGAGUUAGCCCUCCAUUAACUACAGCCUCUCAACAACUGGUCAUGUCCCUUAACGACGAAUUUCGAGCGAAUAAAGUGAUGAAGGUGCAGAGAGAGACGAGUGACGCGUCGCAUCAGGAAAUACUCAUUGCACUGCAGGCCACUGGCUGGGACACUCAUCAGGCCGCAAAGCAGAUCUUGAAAGACAGGCAGGCCAAGAUCGAGUCCUUGGUCAGGCUGGGCUUGGCAGACCGACAACAGUGCGAGGGUGCUUUGAAGCAGACUGAAUACAAUGUAGAUUUAGCAGCUUCCCUUUUGUUAGACCAGGUCAAAUGAAGGCAGAUGUGAAAAGCAGCGCGCUGUUGCUGAAGAUAUUGUAAAAUAACCGUAGUGAUGUAUGUAUUAGAUAUAUGUAUAUUUAUGAACGAUCGCCAUACAACGCGUGAACGAGGCUACGAGCUGCGAGCAUAAUUAAAUAAGUGUCUCUUCAAAAGAUAUCUUAUAGUUAAACACUUUUUAGGCCCUUAUUGAAAGGUUAUAAAGUUCCAAAAAAAGAAAAAAAGAAAUACUUAUCCUUUUUUUUUUCUUUUUUUUUUUUUUUUUCUUUUUUAAUUUCUUUCGUAAUUUUAUAAUGACAGAGGAGAUUGCAUUCCAGAAAUUGAUGAAAGAAAAAGUACGUAAAAGUAAAGAUAUUUCGCGAGCUAACGUAGCGAGUUUCAAAUUUGUAGAAAAUAAAUAUUCCUCUUGGGCCAGCAUAUAAUCGUGAGAUUGGCGCGGUAAGAUUUAUACGAAGGAUGAAAGGAUGGGGUGGAAAGAGAUUUUUCAGAUAAUAAUAAAAAUGUUAUAUAUAUUACAAAUAUUGAAUACGUGCUUCUUAUAAAAAAAAAAAAGAAAGGAUUCAUAUCAAUUAUUUUGUACUAACAUGAAAAUGUAAGACUAACUCUUUAAACGAGCAAUUAUCCUUAAAACGAAAAAAAAUCAAUUCUUUUAUUAAAUUUUUUAUCUUCAUAAAUAUUCAGCAUUUUUUAAGAAAAAUUGCUCGUUUAUAGAUUCGGUGAAUAUUUGAUUUAUGGUGUAUAUAUUCAUCAUAUACGGUGUAAUUUUUAUAUCAUAGUUCUUCCAUUUUUUUUCACAGCAAUUUUUUUCAAAAAUUUUAAAUUUUUAUUAUCAUCGUUGUUUAAGCUAAGAAAAAGAUUUUUGUUUAUAUAUAUCGUUGUAUCAUAACAAAUGAAAUUAAUCUUUUCCUGUUUACACCAUAUAUGAAUGAAGCGACCAUAAAAAUUGAACGAUUGAUAUAUAUUCGACCAUGUCAAUUAGAAUCUUUGAAACUCUUCGAUGUCGACAAUCGGUUGUCUGUAAUUAAAUCUAAACGUGAAACGGAAGUGAAACGACUCAUCGAAAACCGUACCGUGUUCCAUUUAAACUAUUUGAAUUCCCCGAUAAAAGAACUCUUUCAGAGUUACUCUUUCAUGCAUAUUUAUGACAGUAAUCCUGUGAAAGUGGUUGUAAACUGUCUAUCUUUUUUAUGAUUAAAUUCUUUAGGAAGAGUAGAAAGGAAUGGAAAUCGAUAUAAUACGUGUCAUCGAUGGAUUGGUUAACUAUGCAUCAAACUAUGAGCCAUCCGAUCGUAAUUCUCUGUCGUAAAUACAUUAAGCAAGAUCCGUCAUAAAAAUUCGAAUCGGGGAAGAAUCUGGAUUCAAAGCUGAUAUUUUAUAUUUCUCCUAGUCUAAUCUUAGUUAAAUCGAAACAAUAAAAAGAAAA